AUGCCUCGUGACAUUUCCUCUUCCGAGAGCGCUGCCUGGGCCGUCGACAACAAGGCUGAGAAGAAGAACAAGAAGCCUAGCAUGGCCCCCCUCACCGACAGCCAGUUUGACUACAAGAACCGCCGCCUCGCCGCCGAGGCCAAGUCCAUCGACGCGACCAGCGUCCAUGAGUGGGACAGGAUCAUCAAGCUAUACGGACACAAGCACAAGAUCCUCAUGUGUCACACUGCCGAAGUCUGGGCAUACCACUGCCGCGUGGUCAGCCCAGAGAUUGGCCAGUACAGGGCCGCGGGCAUUAACAAGACCCUCAAGACGUCGCGUGAGCGCAAGGAAGGAAGCGAGCUCAACCCUCGCUUCAUCAAGGGAUGGUCGACUCGCCCCGCUGGUACCUCGGGCAGCGCCGUUGGCGUCACUAAGCGCCGCAUGUCCGACAUCGACCGCGACCUUCAGGCCCGCCUGUUUGCUCUCGUUACCCUCCACGGCGGUGUCGACCUCCGCAAGGCCGACACGACCGACGCCGCCAAGCCCCUCUCGCCCAAGGGCCCUAACUUUUGGUCUCGUAUGCAAGUGAUCAAGGGAGGCUCUUACCUGGUCUUGGAACGUGCCGUGCUUACUCUUCAAAGGCACACGACCGGCGACUGGCCUCUUGGCAAGUCGCACCCUAGAGCUACAUAA